UAAGCUUGCUCAUCACAUUCCAUCCAUCUAUCAUUGGACAGUGGCAACAUUACUUCUUGAACCUAGUUCAUCAACGAAUACAUCAAUCAUCUACAGCCCUCCUCAAGACAGUCGACAUACUGUCUCGAGACGAUCUACUGUCUAACAGUAUCCUCCUCCUUCACAUCAAACUUCACAAUGGCCCUGUCCUACCAGCAGACCAGGCUCAUCCGGGGCACCAUCCCCGCCCUCACCGACCACGGCGAGCGCAUCACAACCAUCUUCUACCGCAACAUGCUUCGUGACCAUCCCGAGCUUAACGACUACUUCAACACGGUCAACCAGGCCAACGGCCGCCAGCCCCGAGCCCUUACCGCCGUCAUCCUCAGCUAUGCCAACAACAUCAACCACAUCACCGAGCUCAUCCCUAAGAUGGAGCGCAUGUGCCACAAGCACUGCUCUCUCGGCAUCAAGCCCGAGCACUACGCCAUCGUAGAAAAGUAUCUCAUCGCCGCUUUCGCAGAGGUUCUUGGCCCCGCCAUGACCCCCCAGGUGAGGGAGGCCUGGACCAAGGCCUACUGGAUGCUUGCCAAGAUGCUCAUCGGCCGUGAGGCUCAACUGUACCGCGACUUUGGCAAGUGGCAGGGCUACCGCAAGUUCCGUAUCGAGAAGAAGGUUGAGGAGUCUGAUGACAUCUACUCCUUCUACCUCGUCCCCGUUGACGGCAAGCGUCUUCCUCCCUUCCAGCCUGGCCAGUACGUCUCUGUCCAGGUCAGCAUCGCCGAGAAGGGCUACCUCCAGUGUCGCCAGUACUCUCUGAGCGAUGCUCCCCGUCCUGACUACUACCGCGUCACCGUUAAGCGGGAUGAGGGCCUCCACAUGACUCGCAAUGGCCGAUAUCUCGGCGGCGGUGCCCUCAACCCUGGUGUCGUCUCCAACCUCCUCAUCGACAUGAAGGAUGAGGGUGACAUUGUCGAGCUCACCCACCCUGCCGGCGAGUUCUACCUUGACAUGGCCAACACUUCCAACGUCCCCAUCGUUCUCAUCUCUGCUGGUGUUGGUGUUACCCCCAUGAUGUCCAUCCUCAACACCGUCUCUGAGCGUCAGCCUCACCGUCCCGUCUCCUGGAUCCAUGGCUCCCGCCGCUCGGUGCCCUUCUACGACCAGGUCCGCCGCAUCGCCCGCAACCGACCCAACUUCCGCUCCAACAUCUUCAAGACUCACCUCGCCGAGUCUGACGUUUACGGUGUCACCUACGACCACGACUUCCGCGUUGACCUUGCCAAGGUUGACCGCGAGGACCUCUACCUGUGCCACGGCGCCACCGAGUACUACAUCUGCGGCCCUGAGCAGUUCAUGCUCGAGAUGGCCGAGUACCUCAAAUCCAAGCAGGUCGACUCGUCUCGCAUGCACUUUGAGCUGUUCAGCACCGGUGACAUGGAGUUCAAGGUCGACACCCUGAGCAUCAUCUCCAGCACCAGCGGAGGCUGCCCCGGUGGCUACAGCGCCGCCCCCAGCUCGGCCCCAUCCAUCAACAGCACCACGGAGCGGAAAUGCCCCAGCUCCGGAGCCAGCUCCGGCCAGUGCCCCUUCUCUGCGGCAUAGGCCAGCUAAUGCUUGCUUACAAUAUUGCAAUGGGAUGUUAAAGCGGUGGGCUCUGGUCGGGCACCGGGGUUCUGGAGUUGGAGGGCGUUUACGGAUCCGGCGCAUUCUCUUUUUCACUUUGUACCAAUUCUUCGGACGGAUUCCCCUCUCGGACGAUUCUGCGUUUCUUAUGUCCUAUUUCACAUAUAUUCUUUACAUACUUCUUUUUCACGGAUUCAGGGGGAUUGAAUGACUUGGCAUAACACGAAAUGAGCGGGUAUAAAAGCUAGAGAAGGCAAAUGGCAUAUUGGAAAGGGUGGUGGUUGAAAAACAAAAUGGGAAUUAACAGAGAUUUUUACGUGUAAUACCAGAAGAGAACAAGGGAGAUGGAAGAUAACAGACAAAUAUCAACAAACAUCCUUGAACCUAAACAAUCUUUUCCUCUCUCAUCUCG